AUGAAUCGUUCAGCACAUGAGGCUGCAAAACUAAUAAGCAAAGCACUAGUAUCAGCUUCAAAUCGUUCAAUACCAACUCGUUCAUGGAGCCCAUCACUAGAACAAACCCUUCAUCAGCUCGGUUGCAGAAACUCACUAAACCCGUUACUUGUUGCUCGAGUUAUCGAUCCAUUUCUUCUUGAUCACCAUUCAUUAGCUCUUGGUUUCUUCAACUGGGCUUCUCAACAACCUGGUUUCUCACAUACUUCGGUUUCUUAUCAAUCUCUUCUCAAAUCCCUUUCAGUUUCACGUCAAUUCAACUCAGUCGAAAAAAUUCUUAAACAAAUGAAAACCCAGAGAAUCAUUCUUGAUUCUUCGAUUUAUCGUUUGGUAAUUACUUCUCUGAUCAUUGGAAAGAAAACCCAGAAUGCUUUCUUUGUUUUGAGUGAAGUGAAUGAUUGGACUAAUGAAAUUGGUCCUGAAUUGUGUAACUCACUUCUUGCUGCUCUGUCAUCUGACGCGCACGUCGAACUUGCGCAGAAGCUGUUUGAUAAAAUGUGUGUUAGAGGUGUUCAUGUUAAUAAUAUUGGGUUUGGUGUAUUCAUUGGGAAGUCUUGUAGAACAUCAGAAUUGAGUAUGACUUUGGAUUUGUUAGAUAAGGUUAAAAGUAGUGGUUCAGUGAUUAAUGGGUCAGUUAUUGCACUGUUGGUUGUUAAUGGACUUUGCGGAGCAUCCAGAUUAUCAGAUGCUUUGUUAGUGUUGGAUGGACUUAGAGGUAGAGAUUGCAAACCUGAUUUUAUGGCAUAUUGGAUUUUAGCCGAAGCUUUUCGAGUGGCAGGGAAAUUAAGUGAAACUGAAGCGGUAUUGAAAAAGAAAAGGAAGUUAGGGGUGGCGCCAAGAGCAAAUGAUUAUAGAGAAUUUUUAUUUGGUUUGAUUUCUGAAAGAAGAAUUCAAGAAAGUAAAGAAAUUGGUGAAGUGAUUAUUGGUGGGAAUUUCCCGAUUGAGGAUGAUGUUUUAAAUGCAUUGAUUGGAUCAGUCUCGGCUACUUAUCCUGAUUCUGCAGUUUUAUUUUGCAAGUCUUUGAUAAACAAAGGAAGUUUUCCUGCUUUGCUUACAUUGACCAAUUUGAGUAGAAGUCUAUGCAAGCAUGAUAAGAUUGGAGAAAUGGUGCAAAUAUUCGAGAUGCUGUCUUCAAAGGAUUACUUUACGGAUUUGGAGAGUUUUAAUGUAAUGCUUUCUUUUCUAUGUAAAGCUGGUAGAGUUAAAGAAGCUUAUAGUGUUCUUCAAGAUAUGAAGAGAACAGGGUUUUAUCCUGAUGUUUCGUCUUAUAAUUCUCUAAUGGAAGCUUGUUGUAGAGAGGAUCUUUUACGCCCCGCAAAACGAUUGUGGGACGAAAUGUUCAGAAAUGGAUGUGGUGGGAAUCUGAAGACUUAUAAUACUCUCAUUCAGAAAUGUUCCGAAUCAGGGGAAGCUGAAGAAGCGUUUCGUCUCUUUCAUCACAUGAUAGAGAAAAAUGUCUCUCCUAAUGCUACUACUUACAUAUCCCUCAUCAAUGGGCUUUGUAGAGAACAGAACAUUGACAACGCGUACGAGGUCUUCGACAAGUCUAUUACACAAGACAUCAUGCUUGCGCAGGCCGUACUGACUACAGUAAUUUCUUCCCUUUGCAGUGAGGGUAAUUUUCCUGCAGCUUCGAAGUUAAUUCGUUGUCUCCCACCGAAACCUGAAAAUUCAAACAGCCAUGUGUUGCUACUUCUGUGUUUAGCUGAUGCAGGGGAGGUUGGGAUAGCUAUAGACCACAUACUAUGGGUUGGACAUAGUUCAAAUUCUACCACUCAAGCAGUUAUAAAUGAGCUUCUUGCAUCUCUCUCUUCUUCUUUGAAGCCGGAGCCGAUAAAACAGAUGCUUUGUGCAAUGCAACAAAAGGAAUUAAUAUCCAAUAGCAUCAAUCUGGAAGAUUUUUGCAACAGAUCUUUUAUUAUAUCAUAACCAAGUUUUUUGUUGAUCGGUUUCUUUCAUUUAAUCGCGUUACUGAAAGUGAGGAUUAUGUUACACGAAGGUGGAAAUGAACCCACUUUGGCGGAACUUUGAAACUGAGGGAGAUCUGCAAGACCAAUGGUAUCUUUGUCGCCGGUUACUCACCUUUGGGAGCUAGUGGAACCCAAUGGGGAUCCAAUGGAGUCAAAGAUGCACAAGUUCUGCAUGAGAUUGCUCAAGUCUAUCUUGGAUGGCUAUACGAGCAAGGAGUAGGUGUGCUAGUGAAGAGCUUCAACGUACAAAGGAUGAAGGAGAACCUGGUGAUAUUUGAUUGGGAAUUGGCUGAAAGUGACUUACUUCUCGCAGUUUCUCUAGAAUCUGCUUAAGCAGCACCAAGCUCAAUAGCACAUUGUUCGUCGGUUAAAAUAUUGCAUCUACACCAAAAAAUGUAAUAGUGUCUUCUGAUUGAAAUGACGUCGAAGAUAUAUUAGAUUUUGAAACGAGAUGACUUUUGAUACUUCUCACAUGCCUAUCUAUGUUAUUUCUACCACAGAUGUGUCCGGCCAUACUCUCUGGAAUAGUGACAUAUGUCAUGGCCAUGCUAUCAGCCAUGCAUGCCAUCUAAUUUCAGGCAAAAUGUAGUUCCAGUAUAUGUUUAACUUAGUUAAACAUUACAUUGUCCGGGACAUAAAUGCAUUGCAGAAUAAAGUGCAAUAGUACA